AACUAUUCACGAGCAGAUCAGUUUGAUUUUAGCUUUGGUUUUCGGAUGUAAGAAUACCAAGAUUCAAAUAACUUCCCCUAUUCAAAGGGGGUGAGUUUUUUGCGCUUGCGCCUUCCGGUGAGGAUGAUUCUUGAAGUCGUCACUGAUGGUGCCACCUUAUGGACCACUCGAUGGUAUUACGUACUAACAUAGGUACUAACCAGUGUAAUAAAUGGUUAGGUCGAAUUACAAAGUUGGCGGCGUACAUUGCCGGUAGAAAUUAUCUACCGGCGUUCUGUGUGCUUGCAGUUGCGUGCUUUGCACUCACUUCCGUACCACGCCUCGGAACACGGAAGUUCUCUAAUCCGUCGAUCCCGUGGGACGUUGCGUAGGAUCACCACUUUGAAUCUUGAAUUUAAAAAUAACAAGUUUGGCGUCGCUAUUGCGUGACCAUGAAUAAUAUUUCUCACUAGAAAUAUUCAAUAACCAACGGGUUAUGAGUUAGUUUUAAUUUCAACUUACAUCGUUCAUUUCUUACCCAUAUUUUUCAAGUUAAUAAAAUGAAAUUGCUAAAACCGAAUUGGGUUUCACACGAUGAAUUACCGAUAUUUUCUGUCGACAUCCAUCCCGAUGGCAAACGAUUUGCAACUGGUGGACAGGGAGGUGAUUCUGGAAGAGUUGUCAUAUGGAAUAUGAAGCCAAUAACUGACGAAAAUGCAGAACUCAAUCAAAACGUUCCUAAAAUGCUGUGCCAACUAGAUAAUCACCUCGCAUGUGUAAAUUGUGUUCGUUGGAGCAGUGGUGGCUUAUUAGCUUCGGGAGGAGACGACAAACUUAUUAUGAUAUGGAGGUUAUCUGGAGGAAGUGGUGGAAGUUCUAUCUUUGGUAGCAAAGCUGGAGUUGAGACAUGGCGAUGCAUCGCAACACUCCGAUCUCAUGACGGCGAUGUCCUAGAUCUAGCGUGGGCCCCACAUAGUCCUUGGCUAGCUUCUGCAUCGGUUGAUAAUAGUGUUAUAAUUUGGGAUGCAUCUAAAUUCCCAGCCGUAGUUGCUGUAUUAAAAGGACAUACUGGCCUAGUCAAAGGUGUUACUUGGGAUCCAGUUGGGAAGUAUUUAGCCUCACAGUCUGAUGACAAAACAUUGAGAGUCUGGCGUACCACUGACUGGGCUGAGGAAGCUCUAAUUUCAGAGCCGUUUGAAGAAUGUGGCGGCACAACUCACGUUCUCAGAUUAUCUUGGAGCCCGGAUGGACAAUAUUUGGUCUCUGCGCAUGCGAUGAAUGGUGGAGGUCCUACGGCACAGAUUAUUGAAAGGGAUGGGUGGACUCAAGAUAAAGAUUUUGUUGGACACCGAAAAGCUGUUACUUGUGUUAGAUUCAACGGAAAUAUUCUACAAAAAAAACCCCCCGGAAGUACCAAACCUCAACAGUAUUGUUGCGUAGCAAUAGGAUCUAGAGAUCGUUCACUUUCAGUCUGGUUAACGUCACUGAAAAGGCCGCUUGUAGUAGUUCAUGAAUUGUUCACUAAUUCUGUACUAGAUGCCAGCUGGUCCCCGUGUGGCCUGAGAUUGGCCGCCUGCUCAUGGGAUGGAUCGGUUGUUUUCAUCGAAUUCACCCAGCAAGAGCUUGGCCAGCCACUAGAUCACACGGAGCAGAGUACGCUUCAUGAACGAAUGUAUGGUAAACCACUGAUUCAAGGGGGUUGUAUGGUCAUGGAAGCCCCUGAGCUCCUUGACUUAAAACCCCCAGCACCACCCUCUCAGCCUUGUUCGCCACAACCGGUUCCAAAUAAUACUGCCCCACCUCCUUCGUCAACUCCGACAACACCUGCAAAAAGGCCUAUCAACAAACAAAUUGAAACGAGAACCUCCGACGGAAGAAGAAGAAUAACACCCAUGUUCAUUCCACCACCGCCAGAUACGAUGGAUACAUCGAUAGGGGGUGGCGUGGGGCCACCAACGUUUACGAGUACUUCCCAAACUAAGAGUUCCAUCAUCAUAGAAAAACGGGAUGAUGUUGUUACUCCUAAUGUCAGUUCCGCCUUAAAUUCUACUCUCCCUGCUACACCAGUGCCAGCCUUAACUUUAAAACGACGUGAACAGACGUCUAGACCAAACCAGUCAUCUGCCAAUAAAAGACUGAGGAUAGUUUCGGAACGAAGUGCAAAUCAUAUAGUUUUUCCUUCGAUAAAACCGUCCAGCUCUUUGUCUCAACAAGCUGGACACUAUGCAGUUACUGUGACAAGUAGUCAAGGAUUGGCUCACCUUCAAGUCUUCAGAGGUACUGACGCAGAACCCAUUUGGGAACUUUAUCUCGGUUACAAUGCCGUUGCUCUGGCUGCUUCUCCUGCCGUCAUAGUACUGGCAUUAGAAGAUGGCAGUGUUCACACCUUUCACCCUGCAAAGGGAUCCAGACCUGCACCACCACUGGCUCCGCCAGCUCCAUUAGCUAAACUUUACGCAAUUGGCAACAUGGUAAUGGUAAUCUCGAGUUGCGGUGCUGUUCGAGUUUGGGAAAUAGGUCCCUCUUGUCGGUUGAUAGUCUCCACAUCUGCUGUGCACCUAGUUACUCCUGGAGCCUCCCUUUUAUCAUGUACUAUUCACAAUGGAAUGCCUCAUCUAUCAUUUACAAAUGCCCGAGCAUACAUUUAUCACAAAGACAUGGGUACUUGGCUAUUGAUUGGAGAUAAUCAAGAUCCGGUAUGGCGCUGGUCGUCGCAAGUCGCUUCUAGUACAUCUGGUGGUAGAGCACCACGAGGUCCACUAUCAUCUUUGCAAGAGGCUCUACAAAGAACAGCAGGAGGUGCUCCACCACAUCCAAGACCACCUCAUAGCGCUCCUAGUGUAGUUGCUUAUUUAGAGCAACAGCUCCUCGCUUCAAAAGCCCUUGGCAGCUCCCAGGAAUAUGUUCACUGGCUCAUGGCAUUGGUGUCCUUUUUGCUGACUCAAGAUGGAUUGGAAAAACGCUUGAGGAUAAUACUCGAUGAUCUGUUAGGACCAAGUCAUGGAUCUGCCAUCAAAAGUACCUGGGAACCCACAAUGCUGGGUAUGAAUAAACAUAAGUUAUUGAGUGAUGUGUUGGCCGUUGUAGGGGGGCAUCUACGAUGGCAAAGACUGUAUCUAGAAUAUGCAGAGCAGUUAACGGCGAUGCAACAAGCAUGAUAAUUACAAUUUCAGACUAAGCUGUCAUUGCAACAAUGAUAUUUAUAUAUAUAUAUAUAAUUAUACAAAAUGUAUAUUAAUUGUAACAUUUAUCAAUGAAGACUGUACAGAUUUUUAUAUUU